AUGAACAUUAUACUUGGAAUCGCCAGAGGUCUUUUCUAUCUCCAUCGUGACUCAUCUUUAAGAGUAAUACAUAGAGAUUUAAAGGCCAGCAACAUUCUUUUGGAUGAGAAGAUGAAUCCAAAAAUAUCAGAUUUCGGUUUGGCUCGUAUUUUCCAGGAAACAGUAGAUAUGGCAAACACUCAAAGAGUUGUUGGAACUUUAGGCUACAUGUCUCCUGAAUAUGCCAUGAGCGGAGUCUUCUCAGAAAAAUCAGAUGUUUUUAGCUUUGGUGUCUUGAUCAUAGAGAUAGUGAGCGGCAAGAAGAACUCUAACUUCCAUUAUUAUGAGCAGAACCUCAGCCUUGUUGCUUAUGCAUGGCAAUUAUGGAGUGAGGGUAAAGGAGUGGAGUUUGUAGAUGAAGCAAUGGGUGGCUCAUAUGUUGCAUUAGAAGCAAUAAGAUGCAUACAUGUUGGGCUGUUAUGCGUACAAGAUCACACCACAGAUAGACCAAGCAUGCAUGGCAGAUGUAAUUUUCAUGCUCAGCAAUGA